CGGGGCUCCCCCGGCCUGCGUGUCCCUGCCUGUCUGUCUGUCUGUCUGUCGGCGCCCAGGCCUCGCCCCACCCCGGUCCUGGGGCUGCCCCGCCGCCCCCUACCAACCGCAGCGGACCCCCUCCCUCUGGGCCAGCCCCCGCCGCAGGCUAGGAGGCCAGCCGAGACGCUGUCGUCCCAGACCCGGGCCACCUGCACCUGACAUCGGGGGCUUGCUCCCCGAGAUUGGAUUGGGAAAUUCAGAAAUCUGAGCCUGGGAACCUGAUCUGGGGUCAACAUCCGGAGAUCGGCCUUGGAACCCUGACACCUGCACCCUGAAACCCUGUAUCCUGGGCUGGAAUCCCAGCAUCGGUCCCUGGGACCCCAAAAUUUGGAAACUAAAUCCCAUGAUUUGGAGCACGGACCCCAAGAUUUGGAGCCAGAACCCCAGGAUUUGGAAUCUAAACCCUCAAAUGUGGAGCUGAACUCUGAAUUCUGUGCCUGGCACCUUAAAAUUUUGAACUGGAUUCCCAAAUCUAUACCAGGAGCUUACCAUUUGGGAACUGGACCUUGGAAUAUAAGCCUCAGAUUCCAAGAUCUGAACCUGGGGACUCCAAGGGGCCUGAACCUGAUUUGGGCCCAGAAGUCCUUGCUGCAGACCUGAACACUGAAAUCUGAGGUGAGACCUCCAACUCUUGACUCAGCAUCCCAGUAUCUGAACACAGAACCCCAAAAUCGGAUUCCAGGACAGGACGUAGGACUCAGACCCUAAACUUCCCAUUUGGCAGUUUGCCAUCCCAAGACUGGAGCUGGAAGACCCUGACCCUGAAAAACCAAAACUGGGUCUGGAUCUCUAAAACUGGACCCAAAAGGUCCAAUAUUUGGAGGUUUGGGACCUGAGAAUUGAAAUCUGGAGACUUCAUGGCCACAGAUUUGAGUUGAGAUACAGCAUUCUCCUCACAGAAGUCUUGGGACAGAGAUGGCAUGACCAUACGCCCACUCGAGAGCGCUGACUUCUGACCCCCUUGGAGCCUGAGGACUCUGCUCCCUGGGGUGGCUUCCAGCUCAGGCCGCCCCCGCCCGCAAUGGCCGUCUUCCCGUUGCUCCUUUGCCUGCUGCCACUGGCCCCUGCCUCGUCUCCACCCCAGCCAGCCACAUCCAGCCCAUGUCCCCGCCGCUGCCGCUGCCAGACCCAGUCACUACCCCUAAGUGUGCUGUGUCCAGGGGCAGGCCUCCUGUUUGUGCCACCCUCGUUGGAUCGCCGUGCGGCCGAGCUGCGCCUGGCAGACAACUUCAUUGCAGCCGUGCGCCGCCGUGACCUGGCCAACAUGACGGGCCUGCUGCACCUCAGCCUGUCUCGGAACACCAUCCGCCAUGUGGCAGCUGGUGCCUUCGCUGACCUACGAGCCCUGCGUGCCCUGCACCUGGAUGGCAACCGGCUGACCUCGCUGGGCGAGGGUCAGCUUCGUGGCCUGGUCAACUUGCGCCACCUCAUCCUGAGCAACAACCAGCUGGCAGCCCUGGCAGCUGGUGCCCUGGACGACUGUGCCGAGACGCUUGAGGACCUCGAUCUCUCCUACAACAAUCUCGAGCAGUUGCCCUGGGAGGCCCUGGGCCGCCUGGGCAACGUCAAUACGUUGGGCCUUGACCAUAACUUGCUGGCUUCUGUGCCUGCUGGCGCCUUUUCCCGCCUGCACAAGCUGGCGAGGCUCGACAUGACCUCCAACCGCCUGACGACUAUCCCACCUGACCCCCUCUUCUCCCGCCUGCCACUGCUCGCCCGGCCCCGUGGCUCCCCUGCCUCCGCCCUGGUGCUGGCAUUUGGCGGGAACCCUCUGCACUGUAACUGUGAGCUGGUGUGGCUGCGGCGCCUGGCCAGGGAGGACGACCUCGAGGCCUGCGCCUCGCCACCUGCCCUGGGGGGCCGCUACUUCUGGGCCGUGGGCGAGGAGGAGUUUGUGUGUGAGCCCCCUGUGGUGACCCACCGAUCACCACCCCUGGCGGUACCUGCAGGUCGGCCAGCUGCCUUGCGCUGCCGUGCAGUAGGGGACCCAGAACCCCGAGUGCGUUGGGUGUCACCCCAGGGCCGGCUGUUGGGCAACUCGAGCCGUGCCCGUGCCUUCCCAAAUGGGACUCUGGAGCUGCUGGUCACUGAACCCGGAGAUGGUGGCAUCUUUACCUGCAUAGCGGCCAAUGCAGCUGGCGAGGCUACAGCAGCUGUUGAGCUGACUGUGGGUCCCCCGCCACCUCCCCAGCUAGCCAAUAGCACCAGCUGUGACCCCCCGCGGGACGGGGAUCCUGAUGCCCUCACUCCGCCCUCUGCUGCCUCUGCCUCUGCCAAGGUGGCUGACACCGUGCCCCCUACCGACCGUGGCGUCCAAGUGACUGAGCAUGGGGCUACAACUGCUCUCGUCCAGUGGCCAGAUCAGCAGCCUCUCCUAGGCAUCCGCAUGUACCAGAUCCAGUACAACAGCUCAGCCGAUGACAUCCUCGUCUACAGGAUGAUCCCGGCGGACAGCCGCUCCUUCCUGUUGACCGACCUGGCGUCUGGCCGUACCUACGAUCUGUGCGUGCUCGCUGUGUAUGAGGAUGGCGCCACGGGGCUCACAGCCACGCGGCCCGUGGGCUGCGCCCGCUUCUCCACUGAGCCUGCGCUGCGGCCAUGCGGUGCCCCGCACGCACCCUUCCUAGGCGGCACGAUGAUCAUCGCGCUGGGCGGGGUCAUCGUGGCUUCGGUGCUGGUCUUCAUCUUCGUGCUGCUCAUGCGCUACAAGGUGCAUGGCGGGCAGCCCCCCGGCAAGGCCAAGGCCUCAGCACCUGUCAGCAGCGUUUGCUCCCAGACCAACGGCGCCCUGGGACCCAUGCCCACUGCACCCGCCCUUGAGCCCACUGCACCCAGGGCCCAAACCGUGGUCCAGCUGGACUGCGAGCCCUGGGGGCCCAGCCACGAACCCGCGGGACCCUAGCCGGGUGCCCACCUCUAUGGCUCUUCUGGCCCCAGGGAUAACAGGACACCUGGCGGGACCUGCCCUCAGACUCACCAAAUCGCUCACGGUUUUUAAAACUGAUGGGGAGGGUGUCGGGGGCACUGGGGCACAACAAGAAAGUCCUAUUUUUCUAAGCUCGGGCCUGGGCCUUUGCCCUUGUCUCUGUCUGUGGGUCUUGGGGGACUCUUGCAAGGAUCUGGAGCUGGAGAAUUCUUCCUCUGGGAGAGAUCCCCCAGUUCAGCUUGAGUCCCCUUGGGGCCGGGGCUGAGGGUGGUCAUCCAUUCAGUCAACAAAUAUUCCUGGAGUGGCCACCUGGGUGUGCCCUGUGCUCAAGGAUGCUGCAGUGACCCAGACAGCUCUCAGGGAGCCUGAAGUCCAGUAGGAGACAGACAUGUCUUCAGACAGUGAGACCAGGGAUGUGGUGACCAGGAAAGCCUAGGGGAUUGUGUAGCCCAAAAGAGAUGCCUGGCUCAACCUGGAUUGUGGUCAGGGAGGGCAUCCCAGAAGAGGAGACAUUGGGGUCUGAGAGAAAUAUCUGAAGGAGACAAUUGGGUACAGAGCAAAAGGAGGGCUGUUCCAGGUGGGGAACACAGCAUAAGGAAGGGUCUAGUCUGUGCCUGGCACUGGGGCUGCUGUGGUAGAAAUGAGGCAGGAAUGGUGAGCAAGCUGAGGAGCUCAUAUGGUGGCCUGAUGUGUUGGGGAGUCAUGGAGGAUACUAUGCAGCAGAGGGUAGGAUCACAUUUGGGCUUUAGGAAGAUCCAUCUAAAAGAAAGUGGACCAGAGAACGAGACUUGAAGCUGGGAGUCCAGGAGGAAGCCAGGGCAGGAAUCUGAGUGGUGGGAAAACUAAGACCAGGGCAGAACGAGGGGGGAAAACGGAGUGGGCAGCAUGGACAUUCAGGAAGCUGAGUAGAGGGGUCGUGGAGCUGAGGGUCAUGGAUGAGGGGGGUGUCCAGGACAAGGCGUGGGCUCUGACCAGAGGAAGGGGGUGAUAGGACUGCCCAAGACAGGACCAAGGAGGAAGGGCAUGUCUGGGGAAGAUGCUGUGGCUGGUAUGGGACCCAGUGGAUGUGGGGUCCCCAGAGGAUGUCAAGGGGAUGAUUCCAGGAGGCCAGAGGACUCUUGGUCUGAGGCUGGAGUUGGGGACAGAAAUAGGGCUUUGUAGGCAGAGAUGGGAACUGAGACCACUUGGGGUGAGAUGGGCUCCGAGAGGGGUCCCAACUCCCAAUCACUACGACUUUUCCAUACUUAAGAGAGAGAGAGAAAGAAAAACCUCACAAAUUCUAUACAGGAGCAUCAGGCAGUGGAACAGGGAAGAAAACCAAGCAAUUCAAACCCAAGUAACUGUUGUGUCUGGUAAUGUAAAGGUUACAGUAACCCCAGCAGAACAUUGUUAGAGGCUCAGUAGGGUUAGAUGCCACCUUCAGCUGAUUUGAGAGUAGGAGGUAAGAAAGUAUAGACAGGAAAUGAGGCCUGGUGAUUCUGUGGGCUGGAUGAUCUGGAACUUCCAGCCCUCACUCUGUGUUUGCCCUAGGUGCCCCCGAAGUUUGUAGGACCCACACUUGGCCUAGGAAAUGGCAGCCCUCAUUAGGGAUCCAGGAAGGGGCUUAGCUAAUGUGGAGGGGGGUUCACAUUAGAAAUGUGGAGGAAACUUGGGGCCUGUCGCCUGUCUGGAGUGAUGCUGGUAUGAACGGCAUGGUGAAGAGAACUCAUGACUGGACUGGCCAGUCUCAUGACUUGGUGCACAUGGCUUUGUCCCGAUGGGCCAACAAAUCCUAGAUUCUGCCACAAUUUAUGUGGCCUUGUAAAUAUUACUCUGUUAGCCUGUGAGAACAACCUGAGUCCAAGGGACCUGGUCUGACUUCCCAAUCCCCCAGCAGCAUCAUGAGUCCUUGCUCUUGUUGAUUACUUUUGGGUGGCAGAGGUCAGGUGAGGUCAUCAGUGAGAGGGAGGGCUUAAAGUCUUUUGUGGGACUGGGGCCGGGAGAAUGGGCCUAGGGUUCGCUAGAAAAUACCAGUUGUUGCCUGGAGGGGGAGUCAGAGCGCACUUCCUAAACCCUCGAUUUUUUAAAAAUAGCAAUCCUGUGUGCCUACUGUGUGUGAUGCCCUGGGGCCUGAACGCUGAACAAAUACAGGUAUAGGUCCUGCUGUCACAUAUCUCAGCAUGUGGUGGGGACACAAAUGUUAAAUAGUCACAAGCAAGGGUAAAGCAUCUGUGUUAACAAAGCGGACCAUGCCAGAGAGAUGUGGAACUGUGAGACCCUAUGGUCAGGGAACCUGUCCCAUGAAAGGAAGUUAAGGAAGGCUUCCUGGAGGAGGUGAGGCCUCAGAUGAAUCCCAGAGGAUGCUCAGGUUGCAUUAAGUAGCAAAGGUGGAAAGGGCAUUCCAUGCUCACGGAACAGCAUGGUGUAUAAAAGGAAGUAAAGGAGGCCAGGGCUGGAGGUGGCGUGAGGGAAGGGAUGUGACAUUGUAUUGAGACUGAGGAGUGGGAAGGGACCCUGAAGGCUGCUGGGAGGAGUCUAUUUCAUUCUAAGUGGUACGAGAAGCCAUUGGAGGGUUUUGAGCUAUAAGGAGAGUAGGGUUCCUUGAUCUCAUGGAAGCUCCAGUGGUAGCUCUAUUUGUGUGUGGAGUUUAAAGGUAGGAGGAUAUUGCAAUGGUCCAGACAGAGGGUGACCUGGACCAGGUAGGCCCUAAAGUGAAUGAACCGAAGGGAGAUUUGAGAUUAUCUUGCCACAGGCCUCCAUCCCUUAACAAAAGCUGUAGGACCAUGGUCUCUGAUAUCCAUGAGUCCAUCUGUGAGUGGGGCAGCUGACUUCUCUGUAACGUGGGAAUGAAGGUCCUUUCCGAGGUCCACUAGGCAGACAGUGGAUAAAGGCUGAAAAGCAGAGGCUGGGGCUGGUCAGGGCGAUGUGGACACAGGAAAUGCAGGACCUGAAAUGGGGAUUCACUGAGAAGGGUAGUUUACUAUAAUUUGGAAGCAGAAGGCCAGGUAUGGUGGCACAUGCCUGUAAUCCCAGCACUCUGGGAGGUAAUGACUUAGUGAGAUCCUGUCUCAAAAUUUUAAAAUAUAUAUAUAUUUUAAGGACUUGAGAUGUAGCUCCAUGCAAAGGCCCUGGAUUCAAAUCCCCUGUACUGAAAAAAGAACAAAACAAGUUUGAAAGCAAGGAAGGUGGAAAGAAGGAUGUGGGGCAGGCUGGUUCUUCUAGCAUGAGUUCUAUGCUCCUCACAGGAUGCCAGAGCAUCCCUUAAUCCUGUGCAGAAGCCAAUGAGCACAUGUGUCUAGGAUUUAAAGUUAAAAUUCAGCUGAGUCCACCAUUUUCCUGAGCUCACGGAAUGUUACUUCUGUCCAUUCCCUACCUGGCUUUGGAAAGCAACCUGCACAAUCUAGAGCCCAAACCCAAGCUACUGCAACAUUUUCUUGAAGUGACUGUAGUCCUGAUACCCAGCUUCUCCCUUGUCUGUGUGCUGCCACAUCCAACACAUGUGUCUUGGUGUGGCUCAGUCUGGUAGCAGCCUGGGCAUCUGGAGAUAUCCAUGAUCCUUUGCAAGGCCUCUACUAGGGCCAAGCUUUCAGCUGUCUCCAUAGGCUCAUAUGUGGCAGAAUGAGAUAACAGGAUGCUCUCAAAGUUGAUGAUUCUCUCCUGGAUUGAACCUGAUGGCUCUUGCCUGUGGUUCCUCAAUGGUAUCUGUGCCUUCACAUACUUCCCAAAAGCAAGGAUAGACUUUGAUGCCUGGCUUCUCUAUAGUGAUUCUGGGGACAUAGUGGUGACCAAGCAGCCCAGACCCUGCCUUCACAGGGUGGAACAGGAUGGCAGCCAGAGUUGUCAGGGAUGGGAUAGGAAAGUAUAGCCAAGAACUGAUUGGAGUCUGUUUUCACAGAAGUCCAGGGGACUUUGGCAGCCAGGGGGGGAGUCUCAACUGAGCCUGGGAGAUGGGGAGAGUUGAAGAUUUCCAGAAAACAGGGCUUGCUUUAUAGCAGUCAACCUCCUGAGUCACCCAGCAGCCCACAUUUGCAAUUACCCUGCUGCCACCUUCUUGAAAUUCUUAAUGAGAUUUGAAUAAGCUCCCCCCGCCUCUAUUUUCACUUUGCACUUGGCCCUGCAAAUUAUGUACCCAUUCCUGCCUAAAGGAAAGUACACUUACAUAUACAAAGAAGCAGGGCACAGUGGUGUAUGCCUGUAAUCCCAGCACUCUGGGUGGCCGAGGCAGGAAGAUUGCAAGUUCAAGCCCAGCCUAGGCAAUUUAGCCACUUAGUGAGGCGCUGUCUCAAAAUUUUAAAAGGCUGGGUUCAAUCCCCAAUACCGGGGAAAUAUAUAUACACAAAGAGAACCAGGGGCAGAGGAAGCGUCUAAGAAAGGGAGAAAGAGGAGUGUCUAUUGAACUGGUUGGAGUUUGGUGGUAGAAGAGGCAUAGUGACAGGUAAACUCAAGUGGUGGGUGGAAGUCAGCUACCAGGCUGAGAAGCUCCAACCCCAGGGCCAGGAAGGGUGAUAAACAGUGGAGGGACAGCAUCAGGGUUGUGCUUUUAAAAAUAUCCAUCCGGCUUCCUUUGAGGAGGGAGGAUAGAAACAAGUGGCCAAGAACAAGAUGGAGGCUCUGCUGCCUGUAGAGGAGCCUGGGAGUAGCCACGACCCUGGGAAAGGCUUGAGAAGGAGAGGUCAGUCUGAGCAAGUCUGAGGAGUAUUGAGUGCUUGGGGACAGAUACCUCAACACACCAGGACAUUGGCUGGGGAGACCCCAAGGCCACAGGAGGCACCCUUGGAAAUUUUCACUGUAGGGGGUGGGGAGGGAGCACAGAAGGGCAGAUUACAGAAUGUCACUGGUAAGUACUUGCAAUUUUUCUUUUUAUAUGAGAAUUUGCAUGGCUAGACUAAUGGAGCAGAAUGCAACAUUGGCAAGAAUUUACAGAGUAUAAAAUGUGAGACUUCAAAGGA